AUGCUCAAACCCAGCCAGAAGGCCCGUGCGUCAGUGCCGCUGCAUCCGCCGCCGGCGCUCGCGGCCAACUUCCCCUCAUCGCACGCCAAGCCGUCCUCCUACUUUACGUUUACGGGCGUGACGCACCAGAGCACCGAGGCGGUGCGGCGCGUUCUGACCGAGAAUGACCACAGUUACGACAUGUGGGGCAAAGUGCGCUUCAAUCAUAAUCACUUCUCGCACUCGGCUCUGACGCGGUACGCGCUCGGCGCUCCGCCUGAGCUCCUCCAGGCCGACUGGGAGCAAGCCAGGGGUUUCCUCGCCUUGCUGGACCCGCAGGAGGAGGGCCGCGACUUGGAGAUGAUGAAGGGAUUCCCCAAGAAGAUCACGCGCGACAACUGGACCGACAAGAGCGUGUUCGGUAGGCGCGCUGCACACAGCCUCUACCUCCCGUUCUUCCACGAGGAGGUUGCUCGUCUGGGCAUCGACGGCGCGAUCCAGGAGUACCUAUUCUCUCCCGCCGCAACGGCCAACGAGGGCUUGGCACAGACGUGUCAGCACAAUCCGGCCAUCUCCAGCGCCCUGUUCCCUCCCAACUGGCCCCAGACUCAGCUCAAGAACACUUCUGGCACGCCCAACAAGCCGCUGCUAGGGCUCUAUGCCGAGUACCUUGCCAGCCCGAUCCUCGACCCCGGUCCGUACGACUCAACAACUCUCAUCAACGACCGCCUGAAGAACGCGGUCACGCCCGAGCGUGUCGUCGUGCUUCAGGACCUCGUCGCGCGGUGGGAUUUGUCGGACAUGUCCGAGGCCGGUAUUGCAGCUCGUGCCGAGGAGGUGUCCUGGGUCGCUGCGCUCAUUUGCGGUGCGACCAGCCGACCGGGGUACAAGACGCGAAUCGACUUCUUCCUGAUGCACCUCCUCACCUCAUCCUUCUUCGUCCCGGCUUACCUAAACCGGCUGAGCAAGGAGCAGCGUCGUAUCAUCCUUCAGACGUACGCUCUCACGCUGUUCCACAUCUGUUCGUCGCGCGGCCGCCCCGCGAUCUAUCCGCAGGUCGCAAUGGGAUACCCCGCUGAUGCGGCCGGCCCACUCCCGCGUGCAGGAGAGGGUGCGGGGGAGCACAAGCUCCCGAUGAUCGGCGACGGGAGCCGCAACCAGGACAACCCGUGGUUCGGGAUCGUCGACAAUGCAAUGAUGGAUUACGACUCGCACGUACCCAAGUCGAUCCGCUCACUUCUGCACUACUCGCAGCUCUACGGGUACAAGGCUGCCGGCAGUGUCCCUGGCGCGUUCAACGCCGACGGCUCCGAGGUCGUGCCCGGCAUCGGCGCGGUGGACGGCACGGUCUUCGUCCGCAUCGCCGGCAAGAUCAUGCAGUACAUGGGCUGGGUGAAGGAGACUGCCGCGGGUGGCGACUCGAAGACCGGCGACUGGGACCGCACCGCCAUGGGAUGGAACGGCGCGUGGGACGACGAGACGCCACACAAGGUGCGAAAAUGUAACGAUAGCGUGUGGUCGAUGCAAGCGUUGUCUUUGGGCCGUGACAUCAGCUCAGUUACGCUUGAACUCAAGCUCGGUCCAGAAGCCCCACUCUGA